AUGGGGCCCCCGGGCAAUAGGGGAUCAUGGGGCCCCUGUGUCCUUGCCCAAGCUCAAAAAGCCUAUGAAAAAGGUACCAGGGGCAUCUCAUGGGGCCCUUUACUUACCCCAGGCCCUCAGGCAGUGCCCGAGUUUCCAAAUGGUCAGUCCGCCCCUGGGGCCAGUGCAAUAAAGUUUGACCUUCUACAGGGGCGAACUGACAACUCAUGGGGCCCCCGGGCAAUAGGGGAUCAUGGGGCCCAUGUGUCCUUGCCCAAACUCAAAAAAGCCUAUGAAAAAGGUACCAGGGGCAUAUCAUGGGGUCCCCUACUGACCCCGGGCCCUCGGGCAGUGCCCAAGUUUCCAAAUGGUCAGUCCGCCCCU